ACAGAGGAGACAAGUUGUCAGGCUUGUAUGAAGUGUCUUUUCUUGAAUUACACUGACGCGCAGUCCGUCGGGAAAAAUAACUCAACGGCCCAGCCACUUUGCAGAUGCAUCUUUGUGAGAGCAUCCAUUUAAUGGUGAUGCCAAUUGGAAGCUAACGAGGCGGAGCUCAUUUCUCCUGUUUUGUCUCCUCCGACCUCGGAAGUCAGAUUCCUCGAGCAGCUGACGCGCUCCUUCUCCUCGUCUGCACACAGACUCGCGGUGUUUCAUAACAAGCCCGUUUACUUGGAGAGAGAGAGAGAACAGCUCUGACGCCGUUUCUAGCGGGCAUCUUGCUUCUUGUUUGCGGAGUGGAAUUUGCGGUCCGCAGCGCAAAAAAAGGAAUAAUCGGACGUUUUAAGUUAUCCUGGAAGUUGCAACCUGACAGGGGAACAUGGGAAUUUGCGGCUGCUUGACGGUGAAUGGGAAAUGCCUCGUCGUCCUCGGACUUAAAUUGUUAUUGCUCGUACCUGCCGGAGUUCCGAUCAGAAGCGGCGAUUCGGUUUUAAAGGACAGCAUUACUGUGCGACAAGGGGACAGCGCCGUGUUAAAAUGCAGUGUGGACAGUAAAGUGUCAAGAGUGGCAUGGCUCAAUCGGACCACCAUUCUUUUUGCAGGGAAUGAGAAAUGGUCUCUGGACCCUCGGGUUUCUCUGUUGUACAAUACAGCAGUCACGGAAUACAGCAUCGAGAUCCAAAAUGUUGAUGUGCAUGAUGAGGGGCCCUAUGCAUGCUCCAUCAUCACAAAUAAGAAACCAAAAUCCACAAAAGUGCACCUCAUUGUUCAAGUUCCAGCCAGGAUCACCAAUAUAUCAAAGGACAUCACAGUAAAUGAAGGCAGCAAUGUCAAUCUCAUGUGCUUUGCAAUGGGCCGACCAGAAGCGAGCAUCACGUGGAGGCACCAUUCCCCAAGAGGCACUCAUACAUUUGUCACAGAAGGAGAGCACCUGGAAAUGGCUGCCAUCACCAAAGAUCAGUCUGGAUCAUACGAAUGCAUUGCAUCCAACGAUAUCUCAGCCCCUGAUGUCAGGACAGUGCAGGUUGCAGUCAAUUAUCCUCCCUUAAUUUCUAAGGCACGGGGAACAGGUACUGCAGUUGGACAAAAAGGAGUCCUUCAAUGUGAAGCCACUGCUGUCCCUCGAGCCGAUUUUGAAUGGUACAAAGAAGAUCGCAGGCUUUUCAAUGGAAUAAAUGGAAUUAAGAUAGAGAACCAAGGAAAACAGUCGAUGCUCAUCUUUUUCAAUGUUUCGGAAGAAGACUAUGGGAACUACACGUGUGUUGCUGUGAACACUAUGGGCAUUACAAAUGCCAGCAUAAAUCUUUAUGGACCGGGCGCAAUGCAUGAUGUCAAUGGAGCAGCUGGUUUGCCCCAAUUCUCCUUGUGCUCCUUGCUGGUGAUGACCGCGCACUACCUAUUGUCAACGUUCUGAUGUUUCAAUGGAACAACUACACGCUUCUCUCUGCAUUGUACAAGAACAGACUGCGUGCCCAGUAAAACAAAUACAAACCAAGAGGCGCCAGUGGUUUGCUUUUCUUUGAGUUUCCUCUUUUCUUGAUUUGCAUUUAGGUUUUUUUCUAUGUAGGAUGUGCAGCAUCAAUCCAAUGAAGGGAAUAAUCCGAAUGCUGCAAACUAAUUUAAUGCUGUUGGAAGUACCAAGUUUGUGUAUCCUCAUAACUUUUUGUAUGUGAAAAGGAAAAAGAAAAUAAUAAAUGUAACUGUGGAUGGUUGACUGUUUCUUGACCAAUCAGAGUGCACAUUCUGAUUAUUAUUGUGUAAUGUCUAUGUGUGCGAUACAACUUAACUUUUUUUAAGUGAAUAAUAAAAGGGAAAUUGAUUCUUGAGUUUAAUCUGACUGUAUUUUUACAGUUUUAUGCAAAAGUGAUAUGACACCAAGAUAAGCAGUAAACAACACAUAGGACAUAACGAAUUCUCAGGCAAGUCCGACUACAUAAUGCAUCUAAAUUGUAUUUUACAUUAGAUUGUAGAAAAUGUAGAAAUAUGUACAGAAAAAAUACAUUCUGAUUUUUUUUUUUUUUUUUUUUUUUUUGUUUAUGCACAUUAUCUCAAUAAUGAAAAAUUGACCAAUACUCAAUCCCUUGUGCCAUAAGUUUUAUGGCCUAUUCGAACAAAGGCAUUGAUGGUUUUUUUUACUAAGACGUGAAUUGAAAAUGUUUAAAAGGUACUGACUGUAUGAAUUGUAUGAUUUGAGUAGAUGGUCUGCUCAGCAUACAGUAAUUUUGUUUGUACAUGAGGCUGUUCUUUGAAAUGCCAUUCACAACUAAUUGAUGCAAUCUGCAAAACCAAUCUACGAAAUUCCCAGAUUUAUUGGUUCAUGUACUUCGCUUACUUGAUUGUGGAUCCACCAAGAUGAAAACGAGUGAAGGAUUUUGUUAAGAGAAAUGUUUCCGUAAGGGCGAGUGUCGAGCAGUGGUUCUUUCUUCUGAAAGAACCAGCAUUAAAUUACGGUAGUGUACUUUGUAGUUAGACCAAAAAUUUCAGAUGGGAGUAGGGCAAGAGAGGGGUAAUGGUAUACUUAUAUUCAGAGGCGUCUCGUCCCAUUAGGCAAACCAGGCAAUUGCCUAAGGCCCCCAGCCAGCAGGGGCCCCCAGAGGGCCAACAGAUUUAGCACACGCAGCUUUACUGCACUGUCGCAGCGACAAGUGUAGGGAGUGUUUCAAUACCAUGGAAUCAUUUGGCAGAUUAUUUAACGAUUCUGUUAUCAAUCCUAAUCAGCACUAACCAUGUCAAGUAGAUUGUACAUGUUUAAGAAAGUCCAAUCAGCUAUUAAUACCACAUGAUUGUUUAAAGAGUGACUCACCAGGUACUCUCUGGGAAGUCCUUGCCGAGUUGUUUUACGUUGAUUUUCACAGGCCACCUCAUUAUUCAUGUGACUACUUAAAGAAAUGGUGAUUUUUCCCAAAAAGUCUAUUAAUGGGUCUAUCGUAUUCCUCGUCGAAUACUCUAUAAGUAAAAUAUAACAUAUAUGCAUCUAAAAUAAUCCUAAACUAUUUUAUUAGCAUUUUUAAUACUCCUUUUAGCAAGAUUCCUUGUGUAUGCUUACGUUCCCAUAGCAACCAGUCCUGUAAUUGUCCUACGUCAAAAGCGCUCUGUAUUCUUGGAGCGAGAAUAGGCGUAAGGUGCGCAUUUCGAGCAGAGGACGGUCACCUGUUAAAAUGUGUGCGUCCAUGAACGAAUGUAAGUACAUAUGAGUCAGUGUAACGUGCUUAGUUUUCGCCACUUUUAUGGCCAAGAUGACCGCACACAGCACGCCCCCCCCCCCCACCUUUGUGUUCAUUAUACUGCGCGAAUAUGUAUGUGUGUCACAUGACUCAGAAGGGCCCCAUGUUGAUUGUUGCCUUGCUACACCUCUGCUUGUAUUGCAGGGAAAGGGAUGGUAAUGCAUUUGGGGAUUGAAUUAAAUAGUAUUACCCAUUAAAGUGGUUACAAAAAAUACAGUCGACCCUCAUGAUACGAGCACAAUCCGUUCCACGACCAAGCUUGUAACGUGAAUUUCGUAUCAUGAAUUGAUUUCCUUCAUUAGAAUUAACUGAAUUUCAGUUCAUGCAUGCAACACUUCCAAUGACCCACAGCUUCCCAACUUAACUGUAGUCUACAACUGUACUAUUUUAAGUACGUAAAACAAGUUAAAGUUUUAAAUAAAGGUUCUGAGUAUAAAACAUGGUAAUACUUUACUAUAAAGGUCCCUUAGUUAUAAGCGUCUGAGACCAACUUUUUUUUUUUUUUACCAUUGAAAAAAUUAAUUAACAAUAUAAUAACUCAUAUAAUCCCUUAUCUAACAUUAGUUAAUAUAUUAAUUAUUAUUAACCAGUAGUUAAUGCAUAACAAGUCAGUAUCUAAACAAAUGAUUAUGUACCUUUAAAACAUUGAUAUAAUGCAAUACUUAAUAUUAAUUCACAUAUACAUUAGACUGGUGCAUUAAUACACAGUUAUUCACGUAUACUGGUCCGAGUAAGUAAUUCUUCCAAAUUGGGAAACAUUGCUCUAUAAGUCAUUGCGUGCUGUGAACCUAACCUUAAGUAUGGUAAUAUUUAACAUUAGUUACCUAAUAUUAAUCUUAAAAUAUGCGUACAGGUGCCUCAUAAGUAUUACUUAACCAUAGUUAACGACUACUGAAUACUGUUUGGACCCUUAUUGUAAAGUGUAGCACAUUUGUCCCUCAACUAAGAAAUUCUAAAUGCUUAAGUGCCUCCCAUUAACCAUAAUUGCCUCCCCUUAACCAUAAUUAACUAUUACUGAAUGCUUUUUGGAUACAUAUUGUAAAGUGGACCAAAUGUUACCCUUGAGUGAAGUUGAAGCAAUAACAACCUAAGGCUUUGUAUUGAAAACAAAAAAAACAAAAAAAAAUAUUUGAGUUGACAUCUUAACUUCAACAGUUCCAUGCAAAAAAUGCACUUUGGUGCUUAAUCAUGAUUUACUGUCUGGCUAUGCAUUAACUAGUGUUAAUAUAUUAAUUAAUGUUAGAUAAGGGAUUAUAUGAAUUGUUUUCAUGUUACUUAAAAUUUAGUUAUUAUCUAAAUAUCCAUUGACUGAUGUUAAUUAAAGGGCCCUUAUAGUAAAGUGUUACCUAAAGCAUAAAAAUGAUUUCUCUGUACACAAAUUUGACAAAAGUCAUGUUCAUUCAUUCAAAAAAAGUGCUGCUGAUUGACAUUUUUUUCUUGUUUGCAAUGCGCUGACAUACAUUAUAUCAAUGACUCAAUUUUCUUUAAACGAACUAAACAACAAAAUGGAAUUAAGAGGAGGCAGACUGUGAUAAAUCAGUUUUGUUUAUCAAACUUGUUCAUAAAUACAAUCCAAAUCCAGUUUCAAAGCACUCUCUCUUGUAUGACAACUUACAGUUUGAAUGGGAGUUUGUGUUGAAAGGAGACAAAACCUUUAUAGAAAUGGUUUAUGUGUGUGGUUUUUUUAUAAAAAUACUUAACUGUCCAACAAUAAUUUAACUUCUAAUAUGCUUCUCCUUUAGGCUUAAACCUCGAGUUUGUUGGGUUUUAAUUAGUCGGUGGAGUUGACUUCAACAAAUUCCGUGCAGUUUGUCAGAAAUGUGUUGGUUUCAGGAUUCCAGAGUGGCUAAGCUAGCGCGAGUCAUUGGGAGAAUCUCAGCAUGCCAAUAUAAAAUGAUAUUAACAGAUAUAAGAUAGUCCAAAAAAUUCAAAAUGCAGAUCACUGUUGCAAAUAUCCAUGCAGCCAAAACAUUGUGACACCAAACUCCCGUAAUUUAUUUUAUUCUGCAGGACAUUAUUUUUUUUAAUGAGUAAUGUGACCACAAUAGAGAGGAGUGCAUCAGCCACUCGUGCUCAUGCUCCAUUGAAGCCGGAGAAUGCUCGGUUUUCAUUCUGUGCGCCAAUUGCGCAAUAUUUCAAUAUUUUUACAUGGCCGAGAGUCGGGGCAAGCUGACCGUUUGUGUGUGCGUCAUGCGAUCAAUCCAUAUAAAAUUUGAAUAUUAGACUAAACAGGGAUUAUUUAUGUCUGUUAUUUGUGUCCGCUGUUUGGAAAUCAAAAUGUGAUCGCCAUAGGAUGAGGGUCAGCAACCCGUGCCUGUUUAGCGCUGCCCUAGUGGCUCUCUGGAGCUUUUUCAAAAAUAUUUGAAAAUGAAAAAAGGGGGGGCAGGGAAACAUAUGAUUUUGAUUUUGAUAGUAGGUUUAUAUAGCUAAGAUAGAUACAUCCAGCAUGUGUUGCUUUUAUUAUAAGGCUUUCAU